AUUGAGGAGUUUCUCUCUGUUGUACAGUAUAUAAUGAGUGAAAUUCUUAUACUGCAACUGAAGGGAUGUUAAGUGAAGGUUUCAUCUGUGGAAUUCCUUACUGGAAUGAAAAUGAAAGUGAAAACAGAAUGAAACGGAAUGAGCAGAAGCAACAAAACACUUCAGAGAAUGACAUGGUUCAAGAGCUGACUUCCGUCAGUAACUUUAGGCAUUUCUCUCACCCUGAUAUACCUAAUGGAGCUCUAUCACUUUUUCAAAGGUGUAAAUCGAUUGGCAGAUCUUUCAGAUCAAGUGCACAGGGAAAAGUAAAUGCACCCUCACUACAGGUCUCAAUGGUGGCACCAAUUGCAAGGCAGAAGUCUCUUGUUGUAGAUAUUCCAAGAAGCUCCAGUGUGAACAAGGAAACCUAUUUGGUUCCGUCAUGUUGUAAAAGUAUUUGUGAUAAUUACAAUGACCUACAGAUUGCAGGAGAUCAGGUGCUGCCAAUUAAUUCAGAAACAUCUGGCCUGACAUCUCAGAGCAGCUACGAAGCAAAUAUGGUCCCAUUCUUGUAUUCGUCAGAAAUUCCACCGCCAAUGGAGUCUCCUAAACUAUCAGCAGAGUUCCCAAACAAGCCAGCCAAUAGUGACACUUCCUGUUGGCGAAUUUGCAGCGCUAGAGACAAGAGCAUCAUCCAGCACUCUCAGCCACUUACCAAUUCAAUGCUCAAUGACUAUCUUGAGCAGAAGGUUCUAGAACUGUAUAAACAAUACAUAAUGGACAGCAUGGUAAGCAAUGCAUCGCCGACAAAAAUCAUGGAAUCAGAACUUGUAAUGAGUAACGUUGACCAAAUUAGCAUGAUGAUAUCACGAGAGCAGAAUAUGGAAACUACAAAGGCGAAGGACAUGGUUAUCAGCUGCCUGUUGCGACUUGCGAGUGAAAUACAAUCGAAUGAACUCAGUACACCAAAUUUACAGAUAUCUGCUUGAAAGCAAAAACAGUUCAAAAAUUAGGUUAUCUCAGUUUUAAGUAUAAGUUAUGAAAGAUAAUUGUUAAAUUUGAGUGAGAAUGUCAUUUGUGGCUAUGCUUAUGAUUGAACAGGGAGCAAGACAUAUACAGGAUAGGGGGCUGAGAGGGUGUGAUAAUGAUUUGAAUUCUGAUGGUUUGCUUUCCUGUUGCUGAAAAUUGUUUGAAAACUGUAUUACAAUAACUUUUAUCUAUGUUGCACCUAACCUUCCCAAGAUACUUCACAGGAGCGUUGACAAAUGAAACUGAACUAUACAAGAAGAUGUUAGGACAGGUGACCAAAAGCUUGGUCCAAGAGGUUUUAAGGAGUAUCUUGAAGGGGGAGAGAGAGGAAGGGAAUUCCAGACCUGAGGGCCUUGGAAGCUGAAAAUACGGCCAACAAAGGUAGACAUAUUAAAAUAGAAGAUAUACAUUGGCCAGAAUUGGAGGUGCACAGUGAUUUCAGGUGGUUGUAGGGCUGGAGAAGGCAACAGAAAAAUUAAGGAGUGAGGCCAAGAGAAUUUGAAAACAAGGAUGAGAAUUUUAAAAUCAAAACUUUGCCAUUGUGUGAUCUAGCGUAGGUCAGAGAGUGCAGCGGUGAUUGGUGAAUGAAAUUUGGUGCAAGUUAAGAUACAAGUAACAGAACUUCAGGCAAACUUAAGUUUAUGGAUGGAAGCUAUCCAGGAGUGCAUUGAAAUGGUCAACUCCGGUGGUAACCAAAUGCAUGGAGGAGGAUUUCAACAGUGAAUGAGCUGCAAAGGUAGAUGAGUUUGGUGCUGCUAUGGAGAUGGAAAUAGACCAUCUUAGUGAUGGCGUGGAUAUGCAGUACUAAACGUUAUCUGGCCCCACCCGCCGCUGGGAUUCUGUGGAGCUGCCAAAAGUCAAUGGGCUUUUGGCUGGGCUGCCAAAUCUCCUGGGGUGUGUUCCACCAUGCUGGGGCCUGAAAAUCCUGGCCCAAGUUUGUGAGGAGUCUGAUUCAGCCUUAGACAAUUGACAUGGAGAGGGAUGGGUUGGCUAGUGUACUCUCCCACUGUACUGGUCAACAUUUAUCCCCCUACCAAUGCUUAAAACAAACUAUAUUGUCCUUUAUUUCAAUGCUUUUUGUGGAACAUCACUGUGAGUAAAUUGGCUGUUAAGUUUCUAAGAUUAAUACGGUUUAAUAGUACUUCAUUGGCUGUAAAGGACUUUGGGUUGUGUAAGGUGCUAUGUAAGUUCUUUCUACAAUCUUUCCUCAUUUUCCUAAUUUUCUGCUUGGCAGAAGCCCAAAUGCACAGGCAUCCAUUGUUGGUGGACCUUCCUUGUUGCAUCCACCCCACACAGACUGGAGGAGACACUGCCAAUAACCAUUCAGCCACUGAGAAAGGUAAAAUGGUUUUGUGCAGCAACUAAAAGAUCCUGAUGAUAGAAAGCAUGAUUGCUGUGCAGAACUGGGCACACUUUCUUCACCUACUUUUGGGGAUAAGCUACUUCUGCACUGUUGUACCUUGAGAAUGCUGGGGCCAUGAUAAUGAUCUGAACAUAGAGAAUCAAGAAUCAAGCUCAAUCACUUCAGGUGGAGUACACUCUGUGAGCACCAUGUCUAACUUGGAUUUGGGGGUGGUGGGUAGAGGAAAUUUAGCCCCAAUGUUCCCCAUUUUUUCCAAAGAAACUUUUCAAGAAAGUGAUAGGGACAAUAAUAUUGCUUUAAAUACACCUUAACAUUAAUGUAAAUAGUUUGGUGUUUAACAUUUAAAACUGCUCUGAACAACUUGAAGUUCAUUUUUGAAUUUUAAAGAUUGCCUGAGUCACGUGUAUAUCAAGUCAUGCAAGUUAAAAUGUUACCUGUUUGAAAACUUUCAUGUCACAAUGGGUUAUAAUACUGUCCCUUCAUCUCUGGGACAUGGGGUAGAAUUUUAUGCUCAGCUUGUGGGUAUGUGCUUGACACGCUCAAGCGUGAAAUAGUGCACGAUGACCGAGCACUCGUGUAAUAUUUCAGUCGGUGCAAGCGCGCGAGAGUCAGCAGCGCACCUGCCAAUCAUGGCUGCCCGCCAACUCAAAAAUUCUACCCAUGAAAUUGAAUCCAGUUGCAAGUGUCUUCCCAAUUCAACGUGGGCUGCAGUGAUUCAAGAUGGUAGCUCACCACCACCUUCUCAAGGGCAAUUAGGGAUGGACAAUAAAUGCUGGCCUAGCCAGCAAUACUUCAAGUGGAUACAAGUCAAUUGCAGAAAGUUACCCCUUAUGUUUGCACAAAUUUGCAAUCUCAGGGAGAUGGUGUUGCCAGCAAGCAAUAUCAGUGCUAUAGAAACUGAAGCUAGAGUGCCUCCAAGAAAGAAUAAAAAUUAGAUUGGUUAUUCCACAGGUAUCUCACUUAUACUAGACAUAACAUUAUUUUAGUUUGAUGUUAUGUGUUGCCCUCAGUGAAGAGAUGUGCUGUAUGGCUUGCAGCUAUAAAACUGCAAGUAAUUCACAGACUGGACAAAGAAUUGUUAGACAUAUACUUAGAGCAACAAAAUGCUCUUAAAAAUAAAAUAAUGUAUAUUGGACUUUACAAUAAACAAUUCUUAUUUAAUGGUAUUUUCUAUUAUGUGAUUAUAUAAUUAAUGAGCAUUAAAAAGAAGAUUGGAUUGAUUCCUGAUGGGGAGGCAGUAGCAGAAACUAAAUUUAAAUAGUUAAAAGAUAAGGCAUGGUCUAAAUGAGUCUUGAAACAGGAUCUUGAAUGCCCUUUUUCUUGAAUG